CACGCCAAGGGCUGCUGAUCUGCAGAAUUUCCGAAACUCUUCGCCCGGACGGCAUGAAAUCCCACAAAACUAAAAGUUUCAGUUACUGUUGAUGCCUAACUGUCGUGGAAUGAUCUUGACGUUUUGCAAGCACGAGUCGGGUGCAUCUUCACGAGUGGCACUUGCGCCGAGCAAACCAGUCUCAAGCAAUGGCCUACAAGUUUUGUGUUUAGCAGCUAGCUUUUGUGGACACUUUGUAUAAUUUGUAAGUGGCAAAUGAUCCGCAAUGUAUAAUCAAAGCUUUACCAAAUCAUCAAAGCCCGACAAAAACCUCAAACGCCACAUUGACACGCCUCAAAACUUUGGACAAUUUCACUCAAAAUUCCCGUAGCAGAUGGCUUCGUUCUUCCAUCGCAGCGACUCGCUGGAUUCGAUCAGUCCGGGCACCCGCUGGUGUCCGAUUGUGUUGGAGUGGAUUGCCACCCUCAAAUCCGAACUGAUGGAAGAGAUCCACAACAUUGAACAGUUCGUCAUCAAUCUGCAUAACAUCUAUGCGUUCGCUUGCCAGAUCAGCUUUUUUCUGCUCUGCGAGCAGCGGAUGUAUCGUCCGGACUCUUCGAGUCUAUCGCCGGACAAGGACAUUGUCCUGGCCUUGACCACCGUGCUGUUCUACUCGGUGUUGGGGUACUUUGCCACUCGAGUGCGCGAUAUCUACCAAGGCAGCCGGAACCGGGUAGUCGUUGGAACGCCUUCCUUGACCAACUACCUGAAGUGGCUCUGCAAGAUCAUUCUGGAAUGGGCCAAAGCGGUGGUUGCCGUCCUUUGUCUCAGAGAGCAGGGCAUUCAGUACGAACCCAAACUCGCCUACAGUCUGAUCACCUCCAUCUACUAUCUCUGCACUGAGAAAAUCUUCAUGGAGAUCUUCUCCCAGCUGGUGGAGGCUCUGAAGAUCGACAAGCUGGAGAAUCUGGAGCACCUCUACGUGCCCCUUCUCAUGAACGCAGUUGCCAUCGCUGCAGGGAUAGUUGUGGGGCUCUACAGCCUCUACUUCAACUACUCCAACUUGAUCCUGCUCAGUCUGUACUUCACGGUCUAUCUGCGCAUCAAGGACGCCUACUACAACUACUGGGAGCUGCUGAUUACUGAGCGCGACACCUACUCAAAUUUCCAGGUGGCCACGAGCAAAGACAUCGAGGAUUGGGACGAUAUUUGCGCCGUAUGCCUCAACAACAUGUCCAAGGCGCGCAUCACGCCCUGCAAUCAUCUCUUCCAUCCCUACUGCUUGAAACGGUGUCUGCGCCAUUCGUUUUACUGCCCUCUGUGCAAGCACGAUUUUUUGGAAAAUAGGAUCUACAUCAAAUAAACACCUGUGCUCAGUUUG